AUGAAGCACAUACGGGGCUUGUUUUCUCUUGCUCUCUCGGCUGUGUUGUGGUGUUACAGUAAUGCAGAACAACAAGAGUUCAUGUUACUUGCAGGUCCUUUAACCACCGACCUCGAGGACGACUUGGGAGCUUCAGUGUUUGACUGCAGGAGUGUAGUGCCAUUGCAAUCCAGAGAAUACUUCCAGCAUCUCCAGAGCAGAGGGGUGAACCACUUUAAAGUUCCCCUCUCCUGGUCUCACGUUCUUCCAACAGGUGACCCCAACCAGCCUCAUGAAGACACUGUGGCGUGCUACAAGACGCUCGUGAAGCAACUGACUGAAUCGGGCAUCAAACCUCUGCUGGUCCUCCACCGCUCCACGGUUCCUGAAUGUUACCGAAGCAGAUAUGGAGGCUGGGAGAAUCCAUUAUUGGUGCAGAUGUUUGAUCAAUAUGUGGGAUUUGCAUUCGACACGUUUAAAGACCUGGUGGACACGUUUAUCACCUUCAGUCACCUGCAUGAACUUCAUGAUGAAGAACUUCGAAAUGCUCUCCAGGCCCAUGCAAACAUAUACAAACUUUAUCAUCACAAGUUCAAAGGGAUUCAUUUGUCACUCGGGAUCAGAGCCGAUGAUGUUGCCUCCAUUUAUCAACUUGGGUCAAAAAACAUGGUCUAUAUGGAUUUUAUCUCAGUGCAUAUGCCGUACAACUGCAAAUUGCAAAGUCUGGCCAAGAAGUUACAGGCGUUGCAGACUGCUAGUGGUCAGCUCUCCAUUCUUAUGUAUGAGUUGAUCAUCAAGGACUGCGAUGAAUAUGAAAAUAAUUUCCAGCCUCUUAUCAGUGUUCUUGGAGUUUUACAGAACAAAGAUCUUCACAUCAGGGGCUGUGACAUCACAUACCUUUUUGGAAAUUUAGAUAAAGAACAAAUACUCAAAAGUGUGCAGAAUGAGGAUGAAAAAUCAGUUUCUUCAUACCAGAAGGUGUGGGAGAAGUUUAAAACUCAAAGUGAAGCGGAGCGAGAUCAGUUCCUCAAUGGCUCAUUCCCUGCUGGUUUUCAGUGGUCUGUCUCCAGUGAGAGUUUCAAAGUAGAGGGCGGCUGGUCUGAACAUGGGAAGGGUGAGAGCAUAUGGGAUCGGUUUAGCCAUGAAGGUCACGUGUUUGGCAACCAGACCGCCGAUUUGGCCUGUGACAGCUAUCACAAGGUGGACUAUGAUGUGUAUCUGCUUCGGGGUAUGCAGUCCCCUAAUUACCAGUUCUCAAUAUCCUGGGCUCGCAUUUUCCCUAAUGGACGCAUGGAAAGUUUGGUCGAAAAAGGGGCAUGGUAUUAUGACAAUAUGAUUAACAAGCUUUUACAAUCGGGCAUUGAACCAACCGUUACCCUAUAUCAUUGGGAUCUUCCUCAAGCUCUGCAGGAACAGGGAGGCUGGACCAAGGAAACCAUCGUGGAAGCUUUCAAAGAAUUUGCAGACUUUUGUUUCUCUCGAUAUGGAGACAGAGUGAAAACAUGGAAUACAUUUGGCAGCCCUUGGGUUGUGAGUAACUUGGGGUAUGGAACAGGAGAACAUCCUCCGAGUAUCAAAGACCCAGUAAUGGCUUCUUACCAGGUUACACACAAUAUUCUGAAAUCUCAUGCUGAAGCCUGGCACACCUAUAAUGAUAAAUACAGAAAAAUGCAGAAUGGAAAAGUUGGCAUCGCGCUUAACUCCGAAUGGACGGAGCCAAAAAAUCCUGCAAGUUCACAGGAUAGUAUAGCAGCCGAGCGCUAUCUAAACUUCAUGCUGGGCUGGUUUGCUCACCCUAUAUUUGUAAAUGGAGACUAUUCAGCAGUUCUUAAAGAUAAAAUUAAUAAUAAAAACACUUUGUGUGGCAAAGAACUAGCAAGACUCCCUGUUUUUACUGAAGCGGAGAUGAAAAGAAUCCAAGGCACAGCCGAUUUCUUUGGGCUUAACCACUACAGUACCCGACUGAUAAGUGAGGUGUUAAGUAGUUGUGAUCCUGGACUUAAUAAUGUGGGGGACUUCCAGGUAGAUGUUGACCCCACCUGGCCCAACACGUCUUCUGAUCACAUCCAUUCUGUUCCCUGGGGGCUACGCCGUUUGUUGAACUACAUCUCUGUAGAGUACACAUCCAUCAGAAAGGUGCCCAUCUACAUCACAGGGAAUGGCAUGCCCACAGAGUACAGCGGUGAUGUGUUCGACGACACCCAGCGUGUUGACUUCCUCAAAGCUUACAUUAAUGAGGCAAUGAAAGCUGUGCAGAUAGAUGAAGUGAACGUCCAAAGGUUCACAGUGCAGUCCCUAAUGGAUGGAUUUGAGGGACCUCAGGGCUACAGUCAACGGUUUGGCUUGCUCUACGUGAACUUUGAAGAUCCUGACAGGCCGAGAACUCCCAAAUCAUCAGCAUAUUACUACUCAAAGCUGAUUGAGAGAAAUGGAUUUUCAGAAACUCCGGCGCAAAUCUAUAGCAAUGAAAUGGAGAGCUCAAGGCUUCCCGCUCUGCAACCAUCUAAAGUUCCUUCAACAUCCAAAGUUGUUUGGGAAAAAUUCUCACCCCAGACAAAGUUUGAGAGACAACUCUAUCACUAUGGAUCAUUUCCGGAAGACUUCCAUUGGGGCGUGUCCUCUUCAGCCUAUCAGAUUGAAGGCGGCUGGAAUGCAGAUGGAAAGGGAGCCAGCGUGUGGGACACGUUUACUCAUAAACCUGGUAGUAUCCCAAACAAUGACAAUGGCGACGUGGCUUGUGACAGUUAUAAUAAAAUAGACGAGGAUCUAUACAUGUUAAAAGCUUUAAAAAUUAAGAACUAUAGAUUUUCUAUUUCAUGGUCUCGAAUCUUUCCCAACGGUUAUAAAUCUUCUCUUAAUCAGAAGGCCGUGGAUUACUACAACAGGCUUAUAGAUGGCCUCGUAGCGAAUAAUAUCCAACCCAUGGUCACUCUUUACAACUGGGAUCUACCGCAAGCUUUACAAGACAUCAACGGCUGGGAAAACCCCACUAUGAUUAACAUUUUCAGUGAGUAUUGUGACUACUGCUAUGCAACGUUUGGGGACAGGGUGAAGUUUUGGAUCACGUUAAAUGAACCCCACACAACUGCAUGGUCGGGAAACGGACUGGGCCUGAUUCCACCCAACAUCAAGCAUCCCGGAGAUGCUCCGUACAGGGUUGCACACAACCUUCUAAAAGCUCAUGCGAAAGCGUAUCACACCUAUGACGAUAAAUACAGAGCGACUCAAAAAGGGCUGGUGUCCAUUAGUCUGAAUGCCGAAUGGGUGGAACCUCAAGAUGUCACCAUCCACCGAGAGGUGGACGCUGCUGAUCGAGCCCUCCAAUUCCAGUUGGGCUGGUUCGCACAUCCCAUCUUUAAGAACGGCGACUAUCCCGAUGCCAUGAAGUGGCAGGUUAGCAACAAGAGCGAACUCCAAGGCUCGAAAGACUCUCGCUUGCCUACUUUUACAGAUGACGAUAAAGCCUACAUCCAAGGCACAGCUGACGUAUUCUGUAUUAAUACCUACACGACCAAAGUCGUACGUCAUGCGACGAUCAGCCUGUCUCCUGCGAGUUAUCAGAAAGAUCAGGAUGUUAUUAAGGAAGAGGCAGAUGGCGCUGCAGAUACGGCUGUUAAAGAGCAGAAAGCUGUUGCUUGGGGGCUCAGGAGACUUCUGAACUGGAUAAAGGAGGAAUAUGGAGAUCCUGAGGUUUAUAUCACGGAAAAUGGUGUGUCCACUAGCACUCGGGUUACGACCGAUGACACCGAUAGAGUAUUCUUCUUGAAGACAUACAUUAAUGAAGCUCUCAAAGCACACAACCUGGAUGGAGUGCGUCUUAAGGGAUACGUCGCUAGCCCUCUGAUGGACUCUUUUGAGUGGUUGAAUGGCUACAAUGUCGGCUAUGGACUUCACUACGUGGACUUCAAGCACCCAAGUCGACCGAGAACUCCAAAACGCUCGGCUCACCUCUACUUUGAUAUCAUGAGAAAUAAUGGCUUUCCAAUGCCAGAGGAGGAGAGAAUCACAUAUGGACAUUUCCAAGAUGGGUUUGUCUGGAGCACAGCGACAGCGGCUUAUCAGAUAGAGGGAGCCUGGAGAGCGGACGGGAAAGGUCUCAGCAUCUGGGACAAAUUCGCACAUACUCCAUUAAAGAUCUCAAAAGAUGAAAAUGGUGACAUCGCAUGUGACAGCUACAAAAAGAUUGAUGAAGAUGUCAACAAUCUCAAAAUGCUGAAAGUCAACCACUAUAGAUUCUCUAUUUCAUGGCCCAGGAUUCUUCCUGAUGGAACAAACAGUCAAAUUAAUGAAGCUGGACUCAACUAUUAUCAUAGACUGGUGGAUGCACUUUUGGCAGCCAAUAUCAAACCACAGGCGACUCUGUACCAUUGGGAUCUACCACAAGCCCUUCAGGAUGUUGGAGGCUGGGAGAAUGAAACUGUUGUUAGUAGAUUCAGGGACUAUGCUGAUGUUGUAUUUAACAGUCUGGGAGACAAAGUACAGUUCUGGAUCACUAUAAAUGAACCCUACAACGUUGCGAUGAUUGGACAUGGUUACGGAACUGCAGCACCAGGCAUAAGUUUCAGACCGGGCACAGCACCUUAUAUUGUAGCGCACAACCUCCUGAAGGCUCACGCGGAGGCCUGGCACCUCUAUGAUGAGAAGUACCGUGCAAAACAAAGAGGCAUUGUUGGCAUCACUAUAAACUCUGAUUGGGCUGAACCAAGAAACCCGUACAAACAGGAAGAUGCGGAUGCUGCCAUUCGCGUCAUUCAGUUCCAGAUUGGCUGGUUUGCUCAUCCAGUUUUUAAUGGAGAUUAUAGUGAUUUAAUGAAGAAUAGAAUUCGAGAGAGAAGCUUAGCAGCUGGUUUACCUAAAUCAAGGCUUCCAGAAUUUACACCAGAGGAAAUAACGCGAAUUAAGGGCACUCAUGAUUAUUUUGGAUUCAACCACUACACCACAGUUAUGGCCUAUAAUGUGGACUACAAGGACCUUCAACACUAUGAUGCAGACAGAGGGGCAGGAACUGUUACGGAUCGCACAUGGCUGGAUUCUGGGUCCUUCUGGUUGAAAGUUACCCCUCCAGGAUUCCGAAAGAUUUUGAAUUUCAUAAAGAAGGAAUAUGGAGACCCUCCCAUAUACAUUACCGAGAAUGGAGUGUCAGAAAGAGGUCCCAUGAAUCUGAAUGAUGUUCACCGCAUCCACUACUAUGAAAACUACAUCAAUCAGGCGCUGAAAGCAUAUCUGCUGGAUGGAGUGGACAUCCGUGGCUAUGCGGCCUGGUCCCUGAUGGACAACCUGGAAUGGGCUACGGGCUUUGAUGAAAAAUUUGGCCUUUUCUAUGUAAAUCGAUCAGAUCCCAAUUUAACACGAAUUCCUAAAAAAUCUGUCUGGCGCUAUGCUACACUUGUCAACUGCAAUGGCUUCGUAAACCCAACGGAAGGUCCUCAUGCAUGUGAGGUUCUUGAACCUGAAGAUGGCAACACAGGUACGACGACUCCACCUCCUCCUGUCGGGGGGCUGUCAGUGAAUUUCUUGGGUUUGGACGUACCGGGUCCUGAUGCUGAAGUGGCUCUCAAUGCUCUCUUUAGUCUCACUAUUAUUGGUGCGGUCGCUGUUGUGCUCUUAGUGUUUGGACUUGUCAAGGCAGCCAAGAAAGCAAAACGCCCUAAAGGGGAGGACAUUUCUCUUGAGAGACAAUUCUGAAUGUGAAGUAUGGCAUAAUCAAUAAUCACCAAACACAUUUUCUAUUCUUAUUUGUACAUAUUAUGUUCGGGUGAUUUAUAAACCUGUGCAAAUCGAAGCAAACAUGAAACCGUGGUGUGCACGUAAAAUGUUUAUUUUUCAUUGCAGUUGGUUUCACCAGUUUGAAUCAGUGAUACAAAGUGACACCAUAACAUUAAACAAUAUGAUAUAUAUAUAUAUUAUUUAACAUCAGUAUAUUAUAUUUGUUUGUCUAUAAAUUUUACUACGAUAAAACUCUAUUUCGUUUCUGUUAGAUUAAUUUAAAAAAAUGUUGCGCAUAUAAAAGUUCUCUGUGUAUGCUGAUUUGAACAAAUAUCAAAAUAUUAAAGUAAUUUAAUUUAAGUGUUUUGCUACCUGAUCAAACAGACAUCAAGAGUCUUGGCUGAUGUUAUGUCAUUGUAUCUGUUAAGCACAUGCAUAAGGACAGACAAAUGAAAUGUUAUUGUAGAAUGUUUUAAAAUGACAGAUCACAUGUUAUCACUGUAAUGGGAUAAGAAAGCUUUCCAUCAGUACUGCAAUAAUAUCAUAAGACACGGUGGCCUUGCCUUAAGUAAAUUCGCUCCUUAUCUUAACAAUGACAAUUUACUGUCAAUUAUUACCCUUGUUAGACAUGCUCUUGGUAUAGGUUUAGGUUUAUAUCUUAUAUAGCACAUUUCUACUGCCAUUAGGACAGCCCAAAGUGCUGUACAAUACAUACAAUAACCAUAAAACAAAAAAGAACACAAAGUUCACCACACAACCUAAAACAGAAUAAAAUAAAAACAUUACUAAUAUCAUAUCCUCUUAAUCAGGCUCAAAUGCCAAUCUAAGGAAAUGCUUUGUCACAGCAGAUUUAUAGGCAGGUAAAGAGGGGGCGGAUCGAAUGGCUGGCGGAAGGUUGUUCCAUAAUCGUGGAUCGUGACUGAUGUCAGUUAUUUAAGAAUAUUAGUUUAAACAUACACGGUAUGAUAACAGAGAUAAUAAACGGAGAAAAUAAAAAGAUUUGAUUGUGUUUAUGCGGUUAUGAAAAUGCUGAGCACAGAUUGAUAUAAUCAAUACAGAUUGUCUCCAGACACAGAGUUCACUGAAGGUUUAAACCUACAUGAUGAAUAAUUUCUUUUUUAUAAGUGUAAAAGAGGCGGAUAAAAGAACUGCGCUUUUAGUUUUAUUGUGUUGACUUGUUUAAAAAUCGACAUACCAAACCUUAGUGGAAAAAUCAAGUCACAGCCCUGCGUGGAGAGUCUUUUGUUUAUGUGAUGAAUCUGGUUUGGUUGGAUCUGAGGAUGACCCCAUCCUCUCCUGAUUCUUAGAAAGUACCCUAGCACAUUUAAUUGAUGGUCUGUUUUGUAUUAGCUGCACACAUAUUCAAUUAUAACUUGGAGGAGUUUGGUUGUCUUUUUAUCUUUGCUAUAUGUGACCCUGGAUCACAAAACCAGUCUUAAGUAGCACGGGAACAUUUUUAGUAAAGACAAAAAUACAUUGUGUGGGUCAAAAUUAUCGAUUUUUCUUUUAUGACAAAAAUCAUUAGGAUAUUAAGUAAAGAUCAUGUUCCAUGAAGAUAUUUUGUAAAUUUCCUAGCUUAAAUAUAUCAAAACUUUAUUUUUGUGAGUGGACGGUCUGCCAUAGUGCCCCUGAUUAACAACUUCAAAGGCAAUUUUCUCAAUAUUUUGAUUUUUUUGCGCUCUCAGAUUCCAGAGUUUUAAACGGUUGUAU